GUUGCCUCGCGGAACCGCCCUCUAGAACCUCAAGAACGCGUUGAGAUGCGGGGCGAUUCAGAUCCCCACAUUCCAACUGCGUCCCGAGAAAGGGCACUUGCGAGAGUUGGAGAAAGAUCGAGAAAGCUAAUACGGAUUUAGGCGUCGUUCCGCGAGGGGUCGGUAUAAAAGAGAGGCGUGGGCGAAAAAACUUGCAAAUUACAUUUGCCUAGACUUAUGCAACACUUCAUACACUUUCUGCUCAGCUAACUUUUCUCAUCAUGGGUAGGAGGCAUUGCAACCCGCUUACAAACCCGCUGGACUAUGCUUCACUGCAACUGCGUACAGGGCCCCCGGCAACCUACGCGGCCGCCCAACGCAACCUUGUCAGCUAUGACUACGUGAUCGUCGGUGCCGGUGCGGCAGGCUGUGUCCUGGCCAGCAAACUCUCCGAGGACAAGGAUGUCUCGGUGCUGAUCCUUGAAGCCGGCAGCGACAAUACCAAGGUCUUCGAAACGAAGGUACCUAUCAUGUUUUCGAAACUGUUCCAUACCGAGCAUGAUUGGGACUACUACACAGUCGAGCAGCCCGGGCUCGCUAACCGUCAGCUGUACUGGCCCCGGGGGAAGAUCCUUGGGGGUUCGACCUCCCUUAACGCUAUGAUGUACCAUCACUGCUCUAAAUCCGACUUUGACGAAUGGGCCUCCACCCAUGGCUGUGCGGGAUGGGACUAUAACCAGCUGGCUCCUUUCUUCCGGGACAUGGAGCGGUUUACCCCCCAUCCUGGGGUUCCCGCCAUCGAUCCUCAGCACCGCGGCACCUUAGGGCAAUGGCAGACUGGUUAUUCGUGGUUAUCCGAGAUUGUCGAAAAUGGAUUCCUUCCUGCCUGUCACGAUGCCCAUAUCCCUACUAUCGCGGACGUAAAUACCCCUCAGGGUAGUCUAGGAGUGACAAGAUUCCAGACCUUCAUCGAUCCUACGGGGCAGCGCUCAUCGUUAGCUACCGCCUUCCUUACGCCGGAGGUGCUAGCGCGGCCGAAUCUUUAUGUCGCAUGCAACUCUCGUGUGACCCGUGUUCUUUUUGAUCUGAUUACAACCAAGCAGCCGACGGCGAUCGGGGUCGAGUUCAAGACCAGCCGCGAGGGGGAGCGCUUCCAGGUCCACGCGCGACAGGAGGUCCUCCUGUGUGGCGGAGCGGUUAACACGCCGCAGACGCUUUUAUUAAGCGGUAUCGGCCCGGCUGACGAGCUAAAGGCCCAUAACAUCCCCGUUAUCCAAGAGAUUAACGCGGUCGGUCGGAAUCUCAAAGAUCAUCUCUGCACGACGCCUCUCAUUUGCAAAGCCAAGGCUGGCAAUUCCCUUGACUACUUAGGGAAUAAUAUUAAGGCUAUUCCGGCGUUAGCGCGAUGGCUACUCACAGGCGGUGGACCUCUAUCUAGCAACGUCGGAGAGGCCGCUGCAUUCAUCCGGUCUACGGACUAUCGCUUCCCUUUAAGCGUGGAAACUCCCAAUGACUAUACAUCCAGUAGUUCCGCGCCAGAUAUUGAGAUCAUCAGCGCCCCCCUUGCCUUUAUCCAUCAUGGUGAGGAGAAGGCAGUCGAUGAUAGCAGUGUCUUUACUAUCAUCCCGAUUGGCCUUCGCCCGCAGAGUCACGGCACAGUCACCCUAAAGAGUAGAAAUGCAUUCGAUGCGCCGGUUAUCGAUCCGAAAUACCUCAGUGACGAGUAUGGCAACGACAGAAAUGUUCUCCUGGUCGGCCUUCGUGUGUGUCUCAAGAUCAUCAACAGCCCGGCACUCAAGAAAUACUUGGAAGCAGUCCCCGUGGACGAUGAUCCGAGCUCAUACUGGUGGCCCUACUCGAGCAGCAAUGUUGACAAUAUCACUGACGAGCAGCUCCUGCAGUUCAUGGAUGAGAAGGCCUUCACUCUGUACCACCCUGUCGGCUCGGCGCGCAUGGGCCCGUCGCCCGCCACGAGUGUCGUCGACCUUGAAUGCCGAGUCCAUGGUGUUAAGGGUCUCCGCGUGAUGGAUGCCAGUGUGUUCCCAGAACAGAUCAGCGGACAUCCAACGGCACCUAUUGCUGCUAUGGCUGCCAAGUUGAGUGAGAUGAUCAAAGAACACAGUGUCGUGGCUACCCCUCGAUCUGCAAAUUUAUGACAGUAGAACAGUUAAAUAGCGACUUUUAUUUUCGUAUGGAAUUUUAUCUUAAACUGUG